GCUCAUGGUGAACCCUGAAUAAGUAUUUGCUGUUGGGUUGUUAUCACUAUUAUUCUUUACUAGGAUCUGUGUAUAUUAAAAAUCUACAGAAUUGUGUAAUUUUUGGCCGUAGCCAGGCUCUUAGAAAGUGUCUCCUUUAAUCUAAUUUUCCAGUGAAACCAGAUCAGAAUGAAGAGACUUGCACAAGGUGGUUUGUGACAGAUACAGAGCUGAUUACCUCAAGCACAGGCUUUCUUUCCAGAAUACCCCAUUGUUGCUCUAGAGAAUGCUUUGGGACAGCAGAAAUCAUGUCCUCAGUGGUACAGUCUAGGGUUUAAACACUAUGCUGUGGACCAAGAAUAUCCUUGAGCAAGUUACUUAGCAUUUCUGCACUUUAGGUUCCUUAAAAUGGGGCCAGCAAUUGUUACCUCCCCGGGCAGUGCUGAGAGGAUUCAAUGGCACAGAACAGGGGUUCGAUAACUCUUGGUUUCCUUGACCAAAUAAGAAGCUGUUGUGCCUCAUCCCCCUAACCACCCUUGCUGAUAUGUUUUGUUUUUCUCUGACCUCAGGUUCCUAGAGGUGGGCACCAGCCAGUGGCUGGACGCAGGGUGAAACAGAAGGCAGACGCCUUCGUAGCCCCAACUUGGCAUCACUGGACAAUGGCAGCUGAGCCAAGGGUACCGGUUCCCUGAACUCUGUAGCCUAGGCUUUGAGGGAACCAAAGGUGUACUCAAUUGAGAAUUUGGACAGCAGAACAAAAAAGGAAGACAGCCCCUUGGAGCAAAUACAUUUGUCACAAGAAGCCACGUGCAACCCUGGGGCCUUUGCAAAGCCUUUCCGUCUGCUCAGUUACUGGGAGGUAGAUAGCCUCAGAUGAGUCCAGUCAGCCUUGGGGGCCAGGCCAGGAGUGGAUAAAGCUAGAAAGAGACACCAUGGAAGAGAAGGCACUUGGCCAGCUGAAGCCUAUCGAACCUGUACAGAAGCUGCUCCCUCGGGUGGACGAGGUGGCCCUGCCGGAAGCCAUGAAGAGAGAGUGCUGGCAGAAGGCAUGGGUGAAGGUGAGGAGACCAAGCUACAGAGAGAGGGAGGGACCAGGUUCCAGGCUCCAGGAGCUCUUUCAUCCAUUCCCCUGUCUACAAGUCAAGUGGAAUCUCAGAGUGUUCCAAGCUGAACAACAUCUAGGAAAAGGGACUGCAAGGCCUUUCUUAGUGUCCACACCACCCUGGCAUCCUUCAUGGAGAACUUCCUGAAAUUUGUCAGAGUGGCAGCCUUUUCCCCUUUGCUUCUCUUCCUAUUUAUGUUCAGUAUAUACCCUUCCCUUUCCUCCCGUAUUUUUCUUCCUUCCUCUCCAUCCUUCCUUUCCUUUCUGUACAUCACAGUUGCUGGCUUUGUGCCUGUCUUUUCAUAUUUCUCCCCUACUUCCAUGGCGUUAUUUUUUCUUAGUUUUUUGAACCUUGAGACUAGAUGUCUGUCUCUGCAUGUAUCAGACUCCCUGAGUCUCUCCUGCUCUUCCAGAAGCCGGUCACCUUUGAGGAUGUGGCAGUGAAUUUCACUCAGGAAGAGUGGGAAUGUCUCGAUGCCAGUCAGAGGGUCCUCUAUCAGGAUGUUAUGUCAGAGACCUUCAAGAACCUGAUGUCUGUGGCCAGAAUCUUUUUAUCUAAUCCAGAUCUGACCACCCAGCUUGAACAAGAAGAGAAACAGUGGCGAGCAGAUUUCCGUCACCCAAAUGGAGAAGGCCUCCCAUCUGAAGGCAAGAAGGAGGAACUUCAAGAACAGACUCAGAGUUUGAGAGAUGAGGGGACUAGCGAUGACAAGAAGGUCUCCCUUGCUUGCAGAGGGGCAGGCCCAUCCUCUGCUCUAGCUGGGUCCAUGGACAGGACCCCAGUAUUCCCAGCAUCUUCGACUGGGCCACCCUUUUCCUGCCACAUCUGUGGCAGAUGUUUCAGCAAGCGCUCCAACCUCCACAGCCACCAGUUUGUUCACAAUCCCAAGCGGACUAACAGCUGCAGCCAGUGUGGGAAGUCAUUUCGGAACCCCAAGGCCCUCAGCUACCACAGACUCAUGCAUCUUGGGGAAAGGCCCUUCUGUUGCUCACUCUGUGACAAGACCUACUGUGAUGCUUCUGGACUGAGUCGUCAUCGCCGUGCCCAUCUGGGUUACCGGCCCCAUUCAUGCGCCUUCUGUGGGAAGGGCUUCCGGGACCAGUCUGAGCUCAAACGCCACCAGAAGACACACCAAAACCAGGAGUCUGUGGUUGGAAACCAGAAACAUAUUGUGAGGAUUCCAGGCACCACAGCUGGAUUCCAGGAACCCAUUGUCAAGAGCCAGGUGUCCUUCCAGGGCCUUGCAGCUGGGAACCAUGCACCAGUGGCCGGGACUCAAGGACCCAUAUUUAGAACCAAGAGUCCUGAGGCUCAGAACCAGGCACCUAUAGUCAAGAACCAAGUGGCCACUGUGAGAACUCGGGCACCAGUUAUUACCACGCCGGGGCCUGUGACCAGGACCCAAGCAGCCAACUCUAUGGCUCCUUGCUUGGAUACCAAGUCCAACUCUAACCCAGCAAAGCCUUCAAGACUCAAGGUCUUCUCUUGCCCUCAUUGUCCUUUGACUUUUAGCAAGAAAGUCUAUCUCUCCAGCCACCAGAAGGCUCACCUCACAGAGCAGCGCAACUGCUGCUUCCACUGUGGCAAGUCCUUCAGCUCAUUCUCUGGGCUGGUCAGGCACCAGCAGACUCACUGGAAGCAGAAGAUCUACCGUUGCCCUAUCUGCGACGUAUGCUUUGGGGAGAAGGAGGGCCUUAUGGGUCACUGGGGGAGUUACAAAGGCAAGGGGCUCCGCCUGGGCAGUCCCCAUAAAUGCUGGGCGAUCUUGGGUCAGUGGCUUGGCUUCUUUCGUGAUGCCUCCCCUAAAGCAGGGAAAGAAAUGGAUCUCCUAGGAUCCAUACCCCCAGGAGAGGGGAGGGAGAGAAAGGAGAAGGUGUGCAGAGGAAAGAAAGCAUUGAGACAGUGAGCAUCUUGGAACAUAAAUAAAUGGCCUUUCUGACUGAGGUCUUUCUUUGUGUUUGGUUUUCCUGAGAAUUAACCUCCAGGGUAAGGAGGCUGGGGUAGAGGAAGAGAGCUGAAGGUAAUGAAGGAAAUGGAGAAAGGAAGAGGAACAAGAAGUGGCACACGGAAACUCGUAUUAUUAUUAAUUAGCACCUAGCUUGUUUCUUUGUGUCUCAUAGACCAUCAAGUAGUAAUUGUUGAAUAAGAUAGUGGAUACUCUGAUAGGUAUGAAGAUGGGAGAAAAAGGAUGAGAGGAGGGA